AUGGCAAAGGAAUCUUCUUCUAUAGAGAUGAUAGGAAAAGAAGAAAACAUAAAUUUUUUAUAUGAUAUUUCUAAAGAAGUAAAGCUUUUCUACGAAACUCCGGUUAUAUUUGUAACUCAAAAAGAUUAUUCUGAGUAUGUAUUUAAUACAAUGUGUGAAUUACGAUCUGCCUUGCAAACAGACACAAAAAAUAGAAUAAUGGACAUUAUAGUAGACUUCCACUUGCAAUGGUUGCAUGCCGUUAAUGAUAUAGAAAAUUUUAAAAAGGUCGUAAAGAAUGUAACGAAAGAUGAAAUGUCACGAGCUAUUAGUUACACAGUUGAUUCUAUGUUAUCUCGCUUAAAAUGUUACGAACAUUAUAUGAUGGUACAUAGACAACCCCUUCCAAAUGAAGUUCAGGCGAAUAUCAUCUCCGAUAUUGAGAUAGUGGGUGAAAUGCAUGAAGAUGUUGUACAUACACUUAUGGAAAAACUAAAAUGCUUUAGAAAUUUAAAUAAUCAUGAUGAAUUCAGAGUUAAAGUUAACGAUUCUAUAAAUGACAUCUUAAACUGGUUAGAUAAAAUAUACGAUAGUUUAGCCAUGUUAUUGAGUAAGUAUAUUAACGUUAAUGUACCCCACCUUACUGAAGAUUUAACCAAAACCUUACAACAGAUUGUUGAAGACAUUCAGAAUUCCAAAUCUGCUUCUGCCCAAAAACUUAUAGAGGAAUUAAAAAAAAAAGAUAGAGAGCUAAGUACUAUGAUACGAUCCACAACUGGCCAUAAUCUUGAGAUUUGUAAAGUUGUCAAUAAAAUUAAUGUGAUAGAAGACCGAAUUAAAAGAUUAGAAAAUGAACAAACUUCUGCUGCUAUAAUGGCCUUGCAGCAUAAGAAAACUUACUUAGAGAAACGACUUAAUUCAUUAGAAAAUUUAAAGACCACAUUGAAAAGUAUUUUGAAUGUAACAACUACAAAAUUUGAGACUGUAAGUCAAGAAGAGCUUUGUGUUUGCAAGGACUUUUAUCAACUCAGAAUUUUCAAUCAUGAACUUCCAUGUGAAGAACGUGAACGUCUAGCUUCAGAGUUAUGUCACUUAUGGGAUUUAGCUGUUUUCGGAGAGUUUAGUCAUAAAUCUAUCAUUUCAAUCCUAAGUGCCGUUGACAUGAAAGAAGAAUUUACUGACGAACUUGGUACUUUUUAUAUUGAUGUGUACAGUAGAAAAAUUUAUAAAUUACCCAAUGAUGAAAAACUAUAUCAACCAAAUGAGAAUAAUAUACUUGUACCUUUAUCUGAUGAUGGUGAACAAAUAUAUUACUAUGAUGAAUGUGGACGGUAUUUUAUAGAACCAAACACUAGACAAAGGGUAUAUAAAGCUCAUGCAACUGCUAGUGAAUAUAUGAUGAGUAGUGAUGGAGUGCUUUUAAAGACGAAAGAAGAGCGAGACGGCGUUACUUAUUACUAUGAUAAUUAUGGACGAUAUUACAUAAAUAGUGAUGGUAAAAAUAUUUACCGGGAAGCUGAUGCAAUAAGUGAAUAUGAAAAUGAUGGUUUUGGGAAUCUUGUGCGUAUUCGAAGCCAUUCAGACAUAUUUGAUCCAUGUCCUGAUGAUGAGAAUGUUACUGAAGACUUUACCUAUAUUAAACAUAAUGUAGGAAAAGCCUUAAGAGUAUGUAUUGCCCAAGUAAUACUAUAUCAACCUGAUGAUCCGAUUAAAUUUUUAUCGGCAUGUUUAUUUAAAUACCGAGAAAAUAUCGAGUUGAAAGAUAAACGAGCAAGAGAAAAAGAGGAAAUUGCUAGAGAAAGAGAUAUAAGAAUAGCCGAAGAAAGAGCUGAAAUAGAGAACGCUGCUAAACAAGCCAUUUUUCUGGAACGAGGUGGAAGUGAAGCUAGUUAUGACUCCAAUCUGCUCAAAUAUACUUCGGUGCAACCUGAUAUAGACUUGGAUUCAUUUGAGGCUACUACAAAAUAA